UUCCUGGUCCUGUGCAUGAAAUCCGAUGAUUUGGAGUAACCUCAUCCAAAGGAUAAUCCUCAUUGUGCUUACUGGUCCUGGAAUUUUAGGAAACAUCUUUGUACUUGUGAAAUAUGUAUAUAUUUUAAUUAUGGGUCUUGAGAAACAAAAACCCAUAUACGUUAUCCUCAUUCACUUGGUUUUCUCAAAUACACUAAUUAUUUGUAACAUAGGGAUCAAAAGUAUAUUGACUACAGAUCUUUGUUUCAUAAACUUCCUAAGUGAUGUUGGUUGUAAAACUGUGCUUUAUAUGGAAAAACUAGCUCGAGGCCUUUCCGUCUGCACCACCUGUCUCCUCACCAUGUUCCAGGUCAUUACCAUCAGCCCCAGAACCACCCAGUGGAGAAAGCUCAAACCACAGACUGCAUGGCAAGUUCUUCCCUAUCUCCUCUUCUUUUGGGUCUUGAAUGCUCUAAUAGGCUCCUAUUUGCUCUACUUCAUGACAGCAUCCAAUAGCAUGAACAGCUCCAGAAAUGAAGUCUAUGUUGGGUAUUGUCAUAUGCAUCCAUCUAGCCAUGUAUUUAGGUGGCUUUGCCUCUCCCUCAUGGCUCUCCGGGAUGUGAUCUUUCAAAGUCUCAUGGGCUGGAGCAGUGGGUACAUGAUUUUCUAUCUGUAUAAACAUUACAAGCGAGUCCUCUACCUUCAUAGCUCCAAAUAUGAAAACAAUUCCACCCCAGAAAUCAGAGUGGUUCUAAAUACUCUCAUUCUCAUGGUCUGUUUUCUUUGUUUUUAUUGGACAAAUUUAAUCUCCUCCAUCUACCUAAGUUCUGUCAUGAAACAUGACUGUACAAUAAUAAAGAUCAAUGUAUUUCUAGUCUUUGGGUAUGCUUGUCUCAGCCCCUUUAUCCUGAUCAUCAGGGAUGUACAUGUCACUAAAUACUGGAAUGUUCACUGA